AUGACACUACUCAUAGCCCUUGCUCUGAGAAUCAUUAGGCUUUUAUUCUGUUGUUUCGGUUCGGUUGCAUGUGUAUGAUAGCCUGUUCUAUAUUUUCUGUUUUCGAAUUGUAUUUUAAUCAACCUUUAGAAUAAGAAAGCUUUGCUCUUUUAUUUGAUUUUCUAGGUUGAUAGUUCUAGGCUUUUGAUCAUACUCCUAAUAUAUCUGAUUUGCAUAUGCAGUUUGGUUAAUUAUUCGAAGUUAUCUUGGAUUUUGGAAUUAGGGUUUCUGGUUUUCUUACAAUUAUUGUUGGUUGGUUGGUUCUUGUAAUUCAGUGUUUCUUUCCUUCAUCCUCUUUAUUUGAAUUGGAUACAAACUCUGGUAUGAUGAUAUUGAUGUAUUAUAUGGUCGAUCUUGUACGGAUUGGGUUGAUAACCUGCCUGAGAUGAGAAUAGGAUUCCAACUACAAAUGGAUAAUGGAAGGAAGGGGCAUUCACCCGGUGACUAGACUGGCUUUCCCCUAACACCAUUGUCGUAACCAUAACUAUAGAGUUGUUAGAUGAUCCUGAAGCAUUUAGGUGCUGUAUUUAUGCCAACCCGAGGUGGAUUUAGACAGGCUAUAUAUCACCACAAUGCGCUUAGAGGCAUGCAUGCUGAAUAUUCUAUGUCCAGUUGUUAGGCAAGGUUUAGUGUAGGAUUUAAACUAGUAAAGACUAAAGAAGUCCUCUCUUUUUUUCUUGUUUUUUUAGUCUUCUUUACUUUCUAAUGAUUAUCAAACAUAUCUGUUUGUUUUUUUCUCCUUUAACAGAUUAAAGGAAACACAAGACCAGAAGAUGGCAUUACGAACCGCUGUAAGCUUUCUGUCCCGUAGGCUCUCAGCCGUAGUGGAUAGAAACUUUAGGGGCAAAGGAGUAUCCAGUGAAGAUAUCAAACCCAAGAUUAAGGAUACUGAGCUCCAAAGCCUUUAUGAGAAGAUCAUGGACGUUAAAAAGGACGUCCUGGUUAUCAAUGCGGAGACUCAAGCUUUCUCUGAACGGCUUCGUAAAAAGUCUCAAAAAGGCGUCAAGGAUAUAAUUAAGAGGCCUGUAAUCUUCUCUUUGGGGAGUGGAUUUCUGUCACAUUUCUGGUUUAAAUAUAAACUGGGAGAAGGUGACAAUCUAUCAGGGCCGUCUUACGCCUAGGUGGGCUAGAGUUUAAAGGGUCCAAUUGACAAAGGUUAUGCCGUUGCUAGCAAAUAGCACACAAAUGCAAAUCUCAUGCCCAAACUGACGCUGACGCUGACGCGGCUGAGCAACCAAAAGUUCCCUAACCUUACAUCGGCUAAAUCAGCUAAUCCCCUUUCCCAGACAUUGUCUUCUCCCUUGCCUUAUUACAGCACUGUUAACGACGAUGAUUCUUUGCUUUCUGUAAGAGGCGAGUUUCAAACAUGGUGUAAUCGAUAAAUGGAGAGUAUCUACGAAAGGUUUCAUUUCAUUUUGUCUAUGUUUGGAAUGAGACUUGGUAUUCUAAAGUAAAUGUUCAACGGGAUGUAUGUGUGGUGUACCCAUACAUGUAAGCGGAGUGUAAAGCCAAAAUUGAGGAAACGAAAUGUGAAUUACACGGACUAAAGAUCAGAUGAGACAUAGCUUGGGGAGAAUGAUAUUCAGCAAUCUCAAUGACGACGUCGCCGACGGUGGCUUUGCAAUGGUCCAUCCAACUACACAGUUUUGGGCCUUUUGGCUCUUUUUGGUAGUUGUUCUAGUUUUUAAGACUGGUGGAGAUCCGAUUAUAUCAAAUAAUGCAGUAGAGGCAGCAAAGU